CAAUCUGUCCAAGGGUUUCUUUAAAGGAAACCUUUGAAAGAAGUAGCAAAUGUGAUUACUGAAAUGGGACAGGCGGCCGGCUAUAAAAUCAACGAAGGGAUCGAAGUGAAAGUGAUACUUAGCAAAAGUGAAUUGUGCCUGCCUUUUAUGAUUCCCAUGGUGGGAUCUGACCACGUUUGACUUACUCGUACAUGGUUGGGUGGUGCAGUUUCCUUCGAGCGAUCCUACCUCCAACACGAUAAUUUCCAAUUUCGCGCUUAUUAGUUUCAUUAUAACGAAAGUCAAGAAGAGGUGGAGGAAGAAUGAGCUUGACUAUGAGGAACACGGCGAUAGCCAUUAUCCUGGCUUCCUCAGUGUUUUUCGUUUAUGGCCUCCCCGAUGGUGCACCCGUGGACACCUGCGUGAAACCAUCAAGACCCAACGAACCCCAUCACGGGACAGCGAGAUCACGUCCCGUUGAAACGAGCCCUUACUCCUUCACAGCAUCAUCAUCUCAAUAUGGUCCUGGCUCGCAAAUUACCGUGACUAUCAGUGGCGCACCGUUCAAAGGAUUCUUCAUUCAGGGACGCGAUCCCGAUACAAACAGCUGGAUCGGUUCCUGGGCUCAGACCGAGAACACUAACACCCACCCCGAGUGCAGUGCAGUGACACAUGCUGAUCCCGAGGUGAAACAACACGCGACGCUUAUUUGGAAUGCACCGCCGAAUUCUCGAGGACGAGUAUAUUUCACUGGAACCAUUUUGAAGGAGUACGCAGAGUUCUGGUCCAACCUGGUAGCUACAACGGGUCACUGAAGAUAUUCCCCAAAUUGUUGCGAAUUGUCAACAAUCUGCGAAUAUUGUGAUUCACGAGCGGGCAAGAGAAAAUUAUGGUAUCUCCAUGUAAAGUAUUUUAUCUAUUUUUUAUACUAUGAAAUACAGAAAGAUAAAUAUAGAAAAUA